AUGAUAGUAGAAGGCCAGUUGGAGGUGGACGAGCACCACAACGCACCGAACGGAGCCGUCGAAGAAUCCAACAGCAAACACACACCCGAGUUGCACGAUCUGUCCAAGGAGGGAAGCGAUGUCCCACUGACAGGCACGAGUGGUAACGGCGGAUCGGCGCCUGCGCGAGUUUUAUCGCUGCGUGCCCAAUCUACAGAAAGCGGUACAGGAGAUAAAGGCAAAACGAUACCUGCGCCGCGGCAAACCUCCGAUGACGAGGUGCAGAAGACCCCCAUCCGAAAGGAGGAGGCGCCAAAAAAGGCAGACAGCUCUGCGAGAAGCUUCUCGGAUUGCGGUUCGGAUCCGCCCGAGGCCGCGGCGAUGGCUCCUGUUCCUACGCCGCAGCCGUCGGUGAAUGCGGCAGCGGUGACGACAUACAAGAAGACAUUUGAGGGCAGUCAAUGGGCGUCUUUGCUUUCUUCCAUGCACGACACCGUUAUGCGGACGUUGCUAAACGAAGCCUCAAUGGCGACAGGGCUACCGGAUACGAAAAUCCGUGUUGUUGAAAUGAAAAUGGAGGGGGAUUCAACACUUUUUACGGAGAUUUCUCUGGUCCAUGACUCCACUAAGUCGGCGGAGGAUAUGGAUCACGCUCUGAAUGCCUAUGCCUUUGAGGGGAUGAAGCAAUUGCUGGAAAUGAGGAGCUUCUCUGAAAAUCGUCAACCCACCAACCCUAACGUCACUCUGCAGGGAAAGGCAACACUCUCUAAAGGCAAAACUGCUGCUGCUGCUGCGGACGACGAUGACAAUGUUAAUGGGGUGAAGAAGGAUAGCCCGAGCGGUGUGCAUGUUGCUUGCCUAAACGCUGCGGACGAGGCAGCAACGAAUGAUGAAGAGACAGUGACGGAGAACACUCAUCCAACAGGAAGUCCAAAAAAGACGGGUGUCGUGAUGCGGGGAAAAGUGCAUAGGGAGGAGGCCAGAACGAAGAAAACGCCUUCCCCAACACCAGCGAAAAAAGGGCUGAAGAAGCAGAAGGUGGCACAGAGGGGUAAAUCUCCCACUGAAAAGAUGGAGACUUCUCCGCUGAAGGGAAGUACGCCAAGAAGAGCCUUCACACCACGAGGAGUAACAACAUCAUACACAGAGGCAAACACAUCAAAUGGACCAUUCACGCCUAGAGGGGCGGCAAAAUCAUACGCAAGGGCAAGCACGCCAAACGUGAGGCGGUCCGGCAAGGGAUUUCUUCCGUUCUCAAGCAAAUUUAUCACCACAUUGUCUCCUCAUGCCGCGCGCUUGCAAUAUUCUCCUCGGCCUGUUGGCCGUCCGCGGACAGCAGCUGCAGCUGAGCGUGAAACACCGCGGCGUCGCGGAUCAGCGCGAGCCUCUCCGUUGCGCACGUACUCUGCAUCGCGAGGAAGAAGUUCCGAAGGGCCUGCCAGUGUCUCCAAGCAGGUUGCAAAUACUGCUGACUCCAGUGGUAUCAAACGGCCAAACGGUGUUGUCAAUCGCGGUGGUGUGCGUCCAAUUCCACCGCAGCGUGUCAUUCGUGUGGGUCUCCCGACCUUUCCGCGCACGCCACGAGCGAGUGCAGUCGCAGUCUCGUUUCUCCCUGAGGCGCAGGAGUAUGGAGAGGCUGAGGGUUUUGUCGGCACCGACCACGCGGUGUCUACUCCCGUCGAGGCGCCUCCACUGCACGAAAACGAUGGUGAACCUCACGAAAAAGUUGCAGCCAUGACACCAAAUUCGGUGGGUUUCGAGCAGCAGUAA